AUUUUAUGGCAUUCGCAGACAGGUCAUACUGACUCAAAGUGUUGCGACUUUGGGAUUAAUUUAUUUUAAUUUAGGCUUUAAUUCGCCUUAAUUUGGUAAAACGUUGUUUACGCAAUGGCCACGCAGCUUGGGGAAAUCACUGAGACGAGCCGUUCACCUCGUCUUCGCUCUCCAGCUUAAUCUCGACGAGAAACCCGGAGAGCACAGUCAUGGAUGUGCAAUCGAGUCGCGUUGUGCCCGAUGGCGGCUACGGAUGGAUUGUGGUGGCCGCCGUGGCCCUCAUUAAUAUGACGAACCAAUCUAUUUUGUCAGUAUUUGGACAGCUCUUUGUGGGUGAGCUGCAGAAAAUGCAAGAGGACACUUUUACUGCGGCAUUGAUCACCAAUCUAAACAGCCUGGCUCUCAACUUCUCCGGCCUCUUCAUUGGACCGGCGAUUAAAAGCUUUAAGCCCCGAAAUGUAGCCGCUACAGGCUGCAUCCUAGUCGCCCUGGGCCUGGCUUUGUGCGCAUUUGCCACUGAAAGCUGGCACUUCAUUCUGGGCUACAGUUUCUUCGUGGGCUUCGGAUUGGGACUCAUCUCGCCCUCCACAUUCAUGGCUAUUAACUCGUACUUUACCACAAAGCGAGGACGUGCUGUGGGUGUCUCAUUGGCAGGUGCUGGCCUUGGACAGGUGCUAAUCCCUCAUCUAGUGCGUUACCUCUUGGAUAAUCACGGUUUUCGCUGCGCAGUUCUAUCCAUGUCUUCCCUAUCACUAUUCGGGCUCUUUGGUGCUGCUUUCUUGAAACCUCUAAAUCCGCCUGCCAAGCACAACAACCGCAAACACAUUCGACUCCUGGCCGAGGCCGAUGGCGAGAAGACUAGUCCCCUUCAAGUCGUGGUCAUUCCUGCUAAUCAAAGCAAGAGCGAGCGUAGCCCACCAAAUGGAGAUACUCUGUGCAGCCGAAUGGGACAGCGUCUGGUGCAGGCAAUGGAUCUGGAGCUGCUUAAAGAUGUAGUAUUUUGGAGCAUCAUUGUGGGCAUGGCUCUAGUCUACACGGCCACCAUUAACUUCACGAUGAUCUUUCCUGAUUUCCUUGGACAAACGGCACAACUGAACAGCCAGAUGGUGGCCUUUUGCAUGUCCCUUGUGGCUGGAGCCGACAUAGUGUGUCGUUUGCUGCUGCCCAUCGUCACAGAUCACCUUAGAAUCCCCUAUCGUGUGGUGUUCCUGAUCGGCAUUGUUGGACUCUUUGUCGCCCGUUGUGUGCUUGCCGAGAAUCAAGCGCUGCCCGUGAUCAUCUCCAUGUCUGUGCUGACGGGCAUGAUGAAAUCAGCCACUGUAAUUAACAACAAUCUCACCAUAUCGGCGCAUUGUCGCUCCGAAAAACUGGCCGGCGGCCUGGGACUGAGCAUGAUGUCCAAGGGCGUUAUUGUAAUCACAGUGGGUCAGCUGCUGGGAUGGGUGCGAGACUACGCCAACUCCUACCUUAUUUGCCUGUAUGCUCAAGGAGCUAUUCUGCUGGUGGUGGUUCUGUUUUGGACUCCGGAGAUAGUGUACCGCCACCGCAGGCAGCGAUGUGCCACCAACAAGUCCAUGGAGACGCAGUCUAUAGACGCAGCCGAGGUGGCAAAACUAAAUUCCUAAAUCACUGGUUACUAGACUGGAUUAGAUGUGUAAGCGAGGGAUUUCGGUAUUGACUGUCGUGAUAGGCGGUGGAAUGACUUCCCUGUAGGGAACAUUCCAGUCUCGCCGCAGUAGUUAUCUGAGUUGUGAGGAAGGACCAGUGUCAGGAACAGCACUAUCUGUAUGACUAUGCAUCUUAGGCUUAGGUUUUCGAUUAUUUAUUACCAUUUAGCCCUUAGAGACUUAACUUUUGUACUGCCAUAAGAGCCAAAAUACAAAUUAUAGGAUCCAUAUUACAAAAA